AUGAUAAGAAAAUUAAGUGCUGCAAUGCCACCUCCCAACACAGGGAAGCUGAUUACCAUUCUCACUAUCGAUGGAGGAGGAAUUAGAGGAAUUAUUCCUGGGGUUAUUCUUGCAUAUCUUGAAUCACAACUUCAGGAAUUGGAUGGUGAGAAUGCAAGAAUUGCAGAUUAUUUUGACGUGAUAGCAGGAACAAGCACGGGUGGCCUUGUAACAGCCAUGUUAGCUGCACCAAACAAAGAUAAACGCCCUCUUUAUGCUGCCAAAGAUAUUACUCCUUUUUAUAUUGAACACUCCCCCAAAAUAUUUCCCCAGAUCAGUGGACUAUUUGCUGGGGCCAUAAAUCUAACCAAAAUGAUUAACGGACCAAAAUAUGAUGGGAAAUAUCUUCAUGCACUUAUAAAGAGACUCCUAGGAGGUACAAGGUUGCAUGAUACCUUAACUGCUGUCGUAAUUCCAACUUUUGACAUCAAAACACUUCAGCCAGUUAUCUUCAGUUCAUAUGAGGCAAAUUCGAAACCUGAUUUGGAUGCGGAACUGGCGGACAUUUGCAUUAGUACCUCAGCAGCGCCAACAUUUCUACCUGCCUAUUGUUUCAAGACCCAGGAUGCUCAAAAUAAAGACCGUGAAUUCAACCUAAUUGAUGGUGGCGUGGCUGCUAAUAACCCGACAUUGAUCGCAAUUGGUGAGGUGACGAAGCAAACAUUGAUGAAGCAUGGAGACUUAUUCCCUAUCAAGCCUAUGGAUUAUGGUCGUUUUCUAGUGAUCUCACUGGGUACAGGCAAUGCAAAAAAUGAGGAAAAAUACAAUGCUAAAAUGGCUGCGAAAUGGGGAUUACUUAGCUGGUUAACUCAUGACAACUCCACACCAAUCAUAGAAGCUUUUAAUCAAGCAAGCGCUGAUAUGGUUGAUUAUCACAACUUUGUGGUUUUCAAAGCUCUUCACUCAGACGAUAAAUACCUCCGAAUCCAGGAUGACACUUUGACGGGGAACUUGGCCUCAGUUGACAUAUCGACAAAGGAAAACUUAGAAGGUCUCAUCAAGGUAGGAGAAGAGUUACUGGACAAACCAACUUCAAAGAUUAAUUUAAACAAAGGAGUUUAUGAAGCUGUUGAGAAUGGAGGAACCAACAAGGAAGCUCUACGGAGGUUUGCAAAGAAACUUUCGGACGAGAGAAAAUUCCGUCAGGCUAAUGCCGGGCAGUAGCCCGUUCGU